CACAGGGAGAACAUGUUCUCCCUGUGUGGCAAACAUUUUUCUAGUAAUUUAGAAAAGUUUCGAUUUUAUUUCAAUAGAAAUUAAUAUUUGCGAAAAUGAGUGUCCGAUUGAUCGCUGAGGAUAAGAAGCGAAAAUGGUGGAAGUGCUGUGUGUCGAUCCCACGUUUGUCGUGCAUUUCAAAGAUCGAAAUGUAGCUUUUGCCAAUGGCUUCGCACGGCUCUAUGACAUGGAACACCAAUGCGACCUCACGUUCCUCAUUGAAGGCAAAAAGUUGAAAGCACAUCGACACGUUCUGUCAUUUGUUUCCAAAGCACUCAAGGAACAAUUCGACACGCUCCCUGUUUGCGAUUUGAUCGAAGUCGAAUGGCAAGGUGCAUCGUAUGAAACAGUCAAGAACGUGCUGCACUACAUCUACCAUGGCUUGGUUCGAAUGAAGCAAACCGAGUUGGAGACAUUCGUGCAAGCCGCUCAGUUCAUGGACAUUGCCACGAGCUUGCAAGAUUUGAAUUUGGACGCGAUUUUGUCAACGAAACGGGAAUCGUGCGAGAUCAUCUAUGACAGCUGUGGUGAAGAAUUCGUCAAAGGUUUCCAGAAGUUGUACACGGAAGAGAAGUUCUUCGAUGUGACGCUUCAAGUGGAAGGCAAAGAAUUGAAGGCGCAUCGUCAAGCAUUGUCAGCUUGCUCGACGUACUUCGAGGCAAUGUUCGGCGUUUGCGACAUCAAUAAGCCGUUGCAAGUGCUCAUGGAUGACUACAUCACGUACGAGUCAUUGCAGAACAUCUUGCGUUACAUCUAUUUUGGUGAGGUGACCGUCGACGAUGCGGUCAAAUUGCUCAACAUCGGCGAGAUACUUGAAAUCAGUGGAUUGGAGCGUGCUGAUGACCUCGUGGCUGAUCGCCCCAUUGAAGGCAAGCCAAACGUGUUCCAAGUGUAUUCGAGCUCAAAGAAGACCACUCGAACCAUUCAACCGGUUGUGAUCAAAGCGAAUCGUCCGAAGGGGUUGAAAGCGAUGAAAUCGCGUCGUGUUGUCGAUGACAGCGACUCAGAAGGUUCAAUCUACGACCCAGGGAACGACAGUGACAAUGGUGGAAUGAUAUUGCGACGACGCAACCUGAUGGUCACAGGUGCAAAGCCAAAGAAGGGUCCAAACACUCGUCUGGCGCAGAAGCGAGCUAUAAAUCCAUUUGCUCAAAAGAAGCAGGUCAAAGCGCCAGCGCAAAUGGUGAACAAAGCUCGAGCAGUUCCGAAACAACCACGACCAAUAAGUGUUUCGCGGCGAGUCCAGCAAACUAAUGCUCGCGUCAAGCCGAAUGCAAUCAAGCAGAGUGUCGACGAUGUACCGGACAGCAUGAACAUCUCAUUGAGUCAGGAAGAGUUCGAUCAAUUGGCACCGAUCUACGACGAAACGGAUGAAAACUUUGAUCAAGAAGAGGGCGCCGUGGGCUUUUCACCAGAGUAUGAUGAAGAGGGCGAUGAAGUUCGAUUUGCUUCAACGACUUUGAAGCGAAAACGCGAAGAUCGAAACAACAACAAACGUGCUGUUGGUUCACGUGCGAUCAAUCGAAAGAAUGAUGCAGAGUUCGAUGACUACAACGAAGACAAUUCGUUAGAUUGGGACAUCGACGAACAAAAUCAAUGCGAAUACGGUUCAGACGAUGAAGAUAUGGUGGAUUCGACAGUUUCCUAUGGAGAAAACGUGUAUGUCGAAGAUCUGACCGUCGGUCAAUAUGAGCAUGGUCAAUCGAGUCAAAACGCAUGGGCAAGCAAUGAUGCGAGUUAUGCUGAUUGCGAAGUCGAUGACCAGCUGGGAGCAGUUAAAGUGAAAGCUGCAAAGCCGAAAGGGGAAAAGGCAGUGGGAGGAACGUUUGGAGGACGUCUUGGUAUUGGAAUGAACGCUGUGCCGCUUGACGACAACGAUUACAACGUUGAAGCAAACAUCAUAAUUGGACCGAAAGGAGGACAAAGUUUGGCUCAUGGUGGGAAUCGAUACCUAAUGAGUCGACAGAGCAAAGAUUACAUACGUUGGCAGUGUUUUCGACGUAACCAAAAGGGCGGACGAUGUUGUGCGUAUGCUUACACCAAGGACAUUGAUGGAAUGACCUUGGCUUGCUUACCAUCAAACGACAUUCAUAAUCACGACCCGAAAUUCACAGCCGACAUUGAGUAACUUAAAAUAUGUUUGCGAUCGAACUAACAUUCGACUUAAGCGAUUUGACUUAAUUUAUUUAGUUUUAAGCAUCAGCAUCAUUGAUUAGAUUAGAACCAAAAGGAGAUCAUGAAUUUGAAAACAAGGCAAUAGUUACAACAGUUUUCAAGUUUUGAUAGAAAAUUUCAAGGGAGUUAUUCGAAUACCAAUCAUAAUAGUUGUUUUGUUCUUAUUUCCGUCAUAUUAAAUUUUUUAAGAAACGUUUUUUGAAUGAAGAAA